AUGGCAGAAAACGCGGCUCAAGCGAACGGGAGGGCCCAAGUGGUAGACGACCGAGGCAUUCCAACAUAUACCAUUAUUCAAGCCGAUGGUCUCUAUCCUGACGACAUACUGGAAACCAAAAUCUUCACCGAGAAUCCACCCCACGCCUACAAGGUGAAAUACCUCCAAACCGGCCUUUUCCCCACCGGGACGCCGCUGCCGAAACCAUGGUCGACCAUCCCGCAAGUACUACGAGAGCAGGUCGACGGCAUCAUGGUGCUGAAAAUGGGCUUCACAGCCGCCGAUGUGGCGCUGUUCCCUAGGUUAAAAGUCAUCGUCCGCAUGGGCGUCGGCUACGACCGCCUCGACCGCGUCGCGCUGGCAAAACACGGCGUCACAGUCUGCAACGUGCCCGACUACGGCACGGCCGAGAUCGCGGACCACGCACUCUCGCUCGCGCUCUCGCUGAGGCGCGGCGUCCUCUUACACCACGACCGCCAGCGCCAACCGCACCUCUACCCGUGGAUGGUUCUCGAGACGCCCCUCGUCAGCCGCAUCCAGGGCGCUACCUUUGGCAUUUUGGGCCUCGGGCGCAUAGGCACCGCGGCGUGCCUCCGCGCCAAGGCCUUCGGGUGGAACGUACUCUUCUACGACCCCUACCUGCCCAACGGCGUGGACAAGGCCCUCGGCAUCGACCGCACCAAGGACAUCAAGGACCUCUUCCGCCGGAGCACGACGCUGAGCCUCCACUGCGCGUGCACGCGCGAGACGCGCGACAUGGUGGGCUGGGACCUCUUGAGCCUCAUGCCGAGGGGAUCCAUCUUGGUGAACACGUCGCGUGGCGAGGUGUUGCAGCUCGAUGCCGUGGAAAGGGCACUGCGUGAGGGCAUCCUUGCUGGCGCGGGACUCGAUGUGCUUCCCGAGGAGCCGAUCCCGGAGGACAACGUGCAUUCGUUGAUCAGGGCGUACAGGGACAGGGAGGAGUGGUUGGUCGGGAGGUUGGCCUUGACUUGCCAUACGGCGUUUUAUAGUCCGCAGAGCUUUGUGGAUAUACGGGUCAAGAGUGCCCAGACGAUGCGUGAGGUGCUGAUUGAUGGGCUGCAGAGUAAUGUGAUUACGCCGGAUAUGUUGUAG